AUGCGAAUUUUAUGCGUAAUAACUGUAUCGUUAUUAUUUGGCUUAGCCUACUGUCAACUACGGAAACCAAAAUUGUAUAAAGUCGAUUUGGAUAAAGAUCCAAAACUUCGAUGGAAGGAAGUCAUUGAUGAUCAUUUAAUAUAUGCACCAGCAAUAAAACAGGAAGCUAGUCGAUAUUUUAAAACACCGUUUGGUACAAUUUUGUGUUGGCUCUUAGAAAAAGUUGUACUACUUUUCCCAGAUGAAUAUGCUAAGGAAAUGGAAGGGAUAGCAAAUAUUUCUGGCUUAGAAUAUUGUGAGGUUAUCGGCCUAAACAUCCUGCAUGACAUAACCAACUACAACAACCUAAUAGGAAACUUCGCGAACAAAUUAAAUGGGUGUACGUCAAUUGUGGGCGAAGAUGACAGCGGCCGAAUAUUACACGGAAGAAACUUAGAUUUUCAGAUGACAGAACUGCUAAAAAAUCUUUCAGUUGUAGUCGAGUUUACACGAAAUGACACGGUCGCUUAUACAGGAAUUACAUUUGCAUACUUUGUUGGUCUGUUAACGGCGCAAAAACCUUUCGCUUACACAUUCAGUUUGAACGCUAGAAGGACUGGCUGGUACAUUGCGACAAUACUAAUGCAAAUCUACACUGGUUUCCGAAUGCCAGUUGAGAUGGGCAUACGAAUGGUAUGCCUUUUAAAUCGCUAUUUAGCUGAAGUUUGUUUGAUUACAAUGCUGCAAAUGUUUGAAACAUUAGCUGCAGAAAUGUUUGAAUCUGCCAAUAAUUAUGAAGAAGCUUCCGAAUAUCUUCAAAAUAUGCUCAUUACCUCGCCAUGUUAUUUCAUCCUCGGCGGCACCAAAGCAGGAGAAGGAAUGGUUAUAACAAGGUUUACCACUAGAUCUUUUGUAUAUACCUUACGGAGGGUAUGA